AUGAGCUCUGAUAAGCCAAAGCCGAAGGAUGUACCAAAUACUAUUUUCGAUAAGAAAACAUCGAAAACCUUCUUAAAAGGAAAGUUCCUCGGCAAGGGAGGUUUUGCGCGGUGUUAUGAGAUGACAGAAAAAGAUACCGGAGUAAAAUUGGCUGGAAAAGUAGUCGCUAAGACCGAGCUGGUAAAAAAAUCUCAAAAAGAAAAGAUGCAACAGGAGGUGUCCAUCCACUCCAAGUUGAAUCAUGAAAAUAUUGUUGGCUUUCAUUUGUCAUUUGAGGACAAUGAUUUCGUGUAUAUUAUCCUGGAAUUAUGUCCGAGAAGGACUUUGAUGGAAUUACAUAAAAGACGUCAUCAAGUUUCUGAGCCUGAAGCUCGCUAUUUCAUUAAACAAGUUGUUCAAGGAUGUCAAUACCUUCAUGUGAAUCGGAUUGUCCACCGUGACCUUAAACUGGCGAAUUUGUUUCUAAAUGAUGAAAUGGUUGUAAAAAUCGGAGAUUUCGGUCUUGCUUCUACAAUUGAAAACGACGGGGAAAUGAAGAAAACCCUCUGUGGUACCCCCAAUUACAUUGCUCCAGAAAUUCUGCAUAAACACGGUCAUAGCUUCGAAGUUGAUUCUUGGUCUGUGGGAUGUAUUCUAUACACUCUUAUUGUCGGUCGACCUCCCUUCGAAACUAGUUCUCUUCAGGAGACUUACGAUAAAAUUAAAAAGAAUGAUUACAAAAUCCCCAGUUGUGUUUCUCUGACGGCUUCGUCCCUGAUUCGUGCUUUUCUUCAAGCUAAUCCCCAGAAACGUCCGAGCAUGUUUAGUGCCUUGGAACACUCUUUUUUCCAAUCAUUUACGCCCUCUUGUCUCCCUGUUAGUGCUCUUACGACAUGUCCUCGAUUUGACAAUCUCUCUAAGUCCGGAGAACGGCGCCCGUUGGCAUCCCUUGAUGACAAUCUUGACGUUACAACAGUUAAUAUCAACCUUGAUCGACAAUAUAUCUCAGAUGAUUGUUGGCUCACUUCUCUUUUUGAAAAGUUAACCGAUCUUCUUAAUGCCCCGGUUUUGGCAAGUACAAAUACUAAUGUAAUGGAAGAAAGCGAAGAUCCUGCUUGUAUUCCAAUUUAUUGGAUCUCUAAAUGGGUCGAUUACUCCGACAAGUAUGGCAUUGGAUAUCAUAUGUGUGAUUUCUCAAAUGGAGUUCUAUUUAACGACGAAACUCGUCUGCUUUUCACAGCAAAUAAAGAAAAUCUGCAGUAUAUUGACAGUGACGGAAAUGAAUUUCUCUACACUAAGGAUGAUUAUCCAGAAUCACUGAAAAAGAAAGUCACUCUACUGAAUUGCUUUACGAACUACAUGCAAGACAAUCUUCUUCAUACUGGUGCGGACAUUACUCGUCGCGAGUCGGACAACAUGGCCCGCUUGCCCUUCCUUCGUAGCUGGUUCCGAACUCGUGUUGCCAUUGUUCUUCAUCUUAGCAACGGGACGCUCCAGCUCAAUUUCUUCGAUGAUCAUUCCAAAAUCAUUCUUUGCCCAUUGAUGGAAGCAGUCACUUAUAUUGAUCCUGAUCGUCAAUUCAAAACCUAUCGGUUCAGUUUAUUGGAAAAACACGGAGUAAACGAGAUUCUGAUGAAACGUUUGAAGCAUGCUCAUGAGAUGAUUAAGUCCAAGCUUCUCCACCGUAUUCGAAAAUCGCGUACAAGAGGCAAUGAUAUUUUUGCCUACGCGAGAGGCGAAGCCCGGGAGAAAAACCCGAAUGAGUAG